AUGUUAUACCAAUACACGUAUAAAAUAAAGACGGAGAAAAGCAUUUCUUCACCUGUAAAAGAUAAGCGUACGCCUCUCGCACUACUGAUGGCACUAACAAAAUGUAUCACAAAGCAAUUGCGAGAAAUGGAAACCGAUCCACCACCAUUGUGUAGUGCUCAACAGUUGGACAAUCUUUUCAACUGGUCUGCAACUAUUCAUGGACCACCGGAUAGUGCAUACGCAGGUGGAAAGUUUCAGUUAAGCAUUAGUUUUCCGACUGAUUAUCCGUUUAAACCACCGAAAAUACGUUUUACUACAAAAAUUUUUCAUCCAAAUAUAAGCUCAAAUGAUGGUGUCAUUUGCCUUGAUAUUUUACGUGAUAAAUGGUCACCGGCUCUAACCAUCCGAACGGCAUUGUUAUCGGUAUGUUCAUUGCUCACAGACCCAAAUCCAGAACACGGAAUGGAACCUGAAGCAGUUCUUUUGUAUAGAAAUAACAAGAAAAAAUUUUACGAAAUAGCACAAGAGUGGACAAAGAAAUACGCCAUGCCGUAA